UAUGUAUGUAGGUGACGUAUAAAUACAAAGUUCUGAAUCCAAAAAAAGAUAUAAGAAACUCGAGUUGGUCACUAAACCGCUACUAUAUGUUAAACCAACUUCCCAUUCUUUUUAUUCUUUUCCAUGUUUAGACCUUCGUGAGGUGACCUACCACUUUGUUUAACUUGUCUUGUCUUUAUGCAAAUGUUAUUGUUGACUAAUCAAUACCAACCUCAUCAUUACUCGUCACAAUUUCCAUAUUAAGCUUCCAUCUUUUGUUCUCCCUCAUGCACUCAAUUCUGUCUCCACAGUAAUGGCAUUUACACUCACCGUAAAGGGAAAUGUAUUCAUCGUCACUUUAAUUUCCAUUCCGAUAUUUUGCUGCUACUCAGUGGCUUCAGAGGGGGAGCUACAAGGGCAAAACAUAGUAAAGGCCUUAUCAUGCUUUGAAAAUAACCUUAUUUAUGUUGGGUGUGAUGACGUAUAUAGAUUAAACCCAUCUGGGAAUAUUAAGGUGCCACCGGAGGCUACUGAUUUCUUCUGUAGUGGACCAUGUCUCACUGAAACACACCUAUUGCUUGAUUGCAUUGACAACAUACUAUCUAAUUUCAUAUUCUACAACAAAGCAAACGUACAACAAAUGAGAUAUGCACUUAAUGCUGGUUGCAGCUACUCUAGACAAAGAGGUAACUUCAAUUUGGAAGAGUACAUUGGAGGAGAGACAAACAAAGCUCCGGAUACACCUACUUUGAUUAGAUGCUAUUUCUUCAUCGUGGCGGCCGCAGCGAUUUAUUUAUUUUGAAUGUGCAACAUUAUGUAUUAGCAGCAAGAAACAAAUACUCAUUGAAUUUUAACCUGGGCGAGAGCCGACAUGUUCCUACUCCCUACUAGCUUGGAAGAUGCAUGGUUGUUGUCUUAAAUGUACUCUGUAUAAGUGUGAAUGGUACCAUUCAAUCUGAACCAAAACUUCCAUUUUGAAUGAAAAA